AUGUCGGACCCUAAACGUGCUACGCUUAUAACAGUGGGUGCUUCUAAAAGUGAAAAGAGUAAAGUGCAUAAAACAGUGAGAUUAACUAUAAAUUUAGAUGAAAGCAACGAAAGUAAAUAUCCGGAGCUGAAUUACAAGGAACUAAUCAUAGCAGAAGAGAGGAAAAAAAUAGUGGAAAAUGGCAAAACCAAAGGCCUGGACCCGUUCUCGGACAACGAUGAUGAUGUGGAAAGAGUUGCCAGAAAAUUUGAACAAAAAUAUGGUGGUAAAAGUACAUAUGGCAGAAAGGGCAGAUCGAAAAGAGAUGACUUCGCAGACAUUGGAGCGGGCUAUGAUGAAAAUGAUUCCUUCAUUGAUAACACAGAUGGAUACGACGAGAUGAUUCCUCCAGAGUGUGAUACGUUCUACGGAGGCUUCUACAUCAACAGCGGCUCGCUGGAGUUCAAGAACGUGGAGAACGCUUCCAUGAUGUCUGACGACGAUCGGGGUCCUGGUAGACGGAAUAAGAGGCGUAUCUCAUCAAGCAGCAGUGAAGAGGAGUCGUCAGACAGCUCGUCCGAGUCAGAGAGCCAGGACGAGAAGGACCCAACGGCCAUUGCCAACGGAACGGUUGAUUCGCACAAGACUGAACACAGGAAGAAGAAAAACAAAAAGAUCGACAAGAAGGCGAAGAAAAUACGUAGAACUGAUUCUUCUGCUGCUACGUCUGGUAAACAAACUUCCGAUGGUAAGUCCCUCACUUGUUCGUUACAUCCAAACCUGAAGAAGCUGCUGAUCGCGUCGGCGGCGGAGGGCGCGCCGCACAUCGAGCGGCGGCUGCCGAAGCGGCGCUUCCCCUGGUGCCCGCGCAGCCGCCAGCUGCUGGCGCGCCUCAAGCGCCUGGCGCCCGGCCACGAGGCGGCGGCGGCGCUGCUGGCGCGCCGCGCGCUGCCGCUCUUCCCCAACGGCUUCGUGCGGAUGCCCACGCUGCUGCGCCAGGCCGACCUCAGCAAGGACCUCAAGGCGGGCGAGCUCAAGCGGCAGCGGCUGGGCUCCUCGUCGCAGCCCGUCGCGUCGGUCGCGCCCGCCGCGCCCCUCGCGCCGCUGUCCUUCGCCGACAACAUCCACUUCCCCAGCUCCCUCACCGUCACCACCAUGAAGCCGCAGCCGGACAAGUGCGACGCGCCCUUCGCCGACGACAAGGACAGGUUCAAGUCCUCCGUGUUCGGCGGCUUGAUCAACUUCUCGCUGAGCAAAGAUUUGGUCGUCGAAAAGCAGGAGGACCGGAGGAAGGACGCGGCCGAGAAGCCGAAAGAGGAGGUGUACGUUCCGCCGAAUAACAUCGGGAGCAUUACCAUUACGCCCGUGCCUUCUAAGGAGAAAAUGGCCUUGGAGAAAAGUAAGGAACCUCUGAUAAGGAUUAAGUCCCCGGCGGUGUUGAACGAGAUGGUCAAAAAAGAAAAAGAGAAGGCGCUAGAGAACAUCCAUAGGAGAGAUAAAGAUAAACACAAAAAGGAGAAAAAUCAUUCAUCACAUUCGAUGAGCACGAAUAAAGAGAAAAAAAUUGAUACUCCGUUACAUGUAGACACGAGUUACCAACCGAAACAUUCGCCGCUCACGCCCAGUCCAAAGACGAAACUCGAGAUUAGUCAAAAACAAAUUGAGAGCAUGAGAAUAGCCGAGAACAACAUACCUAGACCUACUUUAGUUCCUGUACACCAUUCGCCUACGUUCAUAAAACCCGAUAAAAGGCCUCCAGAAGUGAAGAAGAAGAAAGAUAUAGUGAUACUGUCAGACAUAGACCCUUUAAGUGAUCUUCAACAAGAACCUCUGGCUGUGGACGACAGUAGCAGUGAUGUAGAAGUGGUGGAAGACAUUAAAAGUGAAAGGCCAAGUGAAAAAAGUGAUUCAGUGCCUUCAAGAGACAAACUCAGUGUGCCCGAAGUGAAUCACAAGGACAAUAGUGAGAGAUAUGUUAAAGACAGUGAACAUAGGAGUGAUAAGUUAGACGAAGCGACAAAAGAGGAUUUCGAUUCUGUGAUGAAGAAUUUGAGGGAUUUGGAGCAUUCGCAAGAAGCUUCCAAAUUCAACAAUUCCUACGGCGGAGUCAUAACCAGUGCAAAACGCGAGAAGUCUUCCAGCCAAUCGGCGUUCAACUCUCGCGGAUCCAUAUUCGGUGAUGCACGCUCCGAAAAAGACAAAUUAACAAAAAUCUUUGAACAAAAUGGAUGGAUGUAGUGCGAUCACCGGUUGAAACCACGGCAGCACUUGUACUAAGCGAGAGAGCAUUGUUGAGUCGAUAAUAGUAUAUUUAUUCUACGGCCUCAGCCACGGUGCUUGUCAAUGCAACGUUGUGCCUUUAAAAGGUACAUUACAUUUUCUCUUUUAUUUUGUUCUUUUGUACUUGGUUUGUAAUUCAUUACACCUGCCCAAAGUAUAUGUACGACGACCUUUGCGGCGUACCUUGGCUUACUAUUUCUAUAUAAUUGUCAAUGAGCUAAAAAACCUUUAUAUUAAUGUCGAAGAGGACGUUAAAGUACAGGAUAGCAAUAUCGUAGUAAAACAAUUUGAUAGAGGGGCUCUUAUGAACUGAGGCGUUGAAAUAUAAUGCUGUAAACAACAAUACAAUCGGUUUGUUAUUGUUAGCUACCAUCGCACGCGCAGAUGACAAUUUAUUACAACCAAUUUAGCUUAUUUGUGUCUUUUUGGUUACGAUGCGCUGUAAGAGCUGUUGCUUAAUAUAUUUAACUUUAGAAACUUGUUUUUAUUAAAUCGUUUUGUGAAUAAAUUCUUUCGACGUUACAUCACUAGGGCGCUGCCUGAUGGCAUAAUUUUAACCCAACUGUUCUUUUGCCUAACACCUCUCAGUUCAUAACUACCCGACGUAUCUAAAUUAGAUCAGACUGGGGGGGCUGGUGUCCGCAACUCGACGUCAAGGCGCCUAUUUUGCGUUUAUUUCCUUAUAAUAUUAUUCAAAUAUUGAUUGUGCUAAAAUUAUUUUCUGAACGUCGACAAAUGUGCGUGUAAAUAAAGUAAUUUAUAAAUUAACGCUUCCUAUUAUAGGUAGAUGGCGCUAAUCCUAAACAAAUAGCCGCCACUAUCCACAAAAAUCAGUUCAAUGAGCGCCAUCUAGUUGAUUUCUUUGUUAUCACUAGAAAUUAGAGGGGCUUUGAUAAAUUGCAGCUCUACAAUGUAAAACAAAUAGGUACUACGCCGUCUUGUAUCGCCAUUAGCGGCCCUGUUUAGAUAUUAGUCCAGCUAUCCAAAUAAUUAUUGAACACAUAUUUCUUUCAACUAUUCAUUAAAGUUCAUAAUUGCGCCCAUGAAUAACCUUAAAGGUGGUCAGUUAUAACUGGAUUAUGAAUCGUAAACGUUGCAUUCGCAAGCAUCAACAAAAUCAAAACAUCACUUGUUGUACUUUACGGAGUUUGAUUUUGUAUAAGUUUAUAAAGACACCUGAUAUUUUUUAUGUGAAAACUGUAUUUGUAUUAUGUUUCACACAAACUACUGCUCCACUACUUUAAAUUGUUGUAUGCAAUAAUAUGAAUUGCUAACGAGUUUCAGAAUAUUCUGACGAAAGUUGUGAAUGCGGUAUCAAAGUUGUAAAUAAUUUUUUUUCAUCACAAUUCAUAAAUAUUCAUUCUAAAUGUAUAUGAAAUCACGUUGCAUGUGUUGAACAUAUUGCUCAAAAUGUUAUCUUUUGUUUUAAAUCUUCCUCAUUUCUAUUUUUAUGUUGUGAUGCUUUUAUUUUUAUCAACAGUAUUGUAAUCUCAUGUACGUAAUACACCGAUAGAAAAUUUGCACACACUACAUUAUGCGUUCAUAUUUUAACGUUCAUUUCAUUCUUUUGUCGAGAUUUUUUAACGCAGAUUUUUUUGUUGGACAGACAGAUCACAAAAUUGAAGAGAUAAUCGACAUUUUGUUGGACAGACAGACGACAAAAUUGGAUAGACAGUCGACAUUUUGUUGGACAGACGGUCGAUAUUUUGUUGGACAGACAGUCUACAUUUCGUUGAACAAACAUUCACUGACGUGCUAUUGAUCGU